AAACGAUCUGUUGCCUGGCCCUUGUCUUCUGUUGUUACAUUUGGUGUCGCUGCCUACCGACAAAUGGAAAGCCUAUGCCCUGCUGUUUUCGAUGGAGACAUAUGGAUCUUCGGGCAGGACUUCAAGGCUUCUGCGCAGUUGAGUGGCGUUCAAGAUCUGUCAGCGAUGGAGCUGCUACUUGGGACGCUGCUGGGAGGUCGGGUGAAAGCAGCAUAUGAAAGUGUGAGCCGAAGUAUGGACGAAUGUUCGACAGGGUCAGGCAAACAGUUUCCAAAGUGGGAAGGACCAUAUAUGGUCACUUCGAGAUGGGGUUACGCAGACACAGUCGCAAUGGCGAACAAUGAGAGGCGCGUGAACGUCAGCGAGCUCCAGAAAUGGAUACAGCGAGACAAGCCAACGAUGACGCCUGCACCAAGUAGAUCAAGCCGACUUCAGUCGCACGUAUUUGACGGGGGGACGAGUGUGGUGAGAGCAGGCUGCUAGCCGAUUGGUUGGCACUAAUCUACGUUAAGGUCUAGGUCACUAAUAUGGGCCGUGAACAAGGCUGAGUCAACAACCAAUCACAGCGAAGUUAACGUGGCAAAAUAUGAUUCGCAGAUAGAGAACUCUGUUUGUCAAGGAAUCCCGAAACAACCAAUCAGAAGCCUGCGUUUGUCUACCUAAAGAACCAAUCAGAUGACUGCGCUUGUCUAUAAUAAUGUUGUCUGAAAUAUGUAUAAAUACGUGUUGAUUUUCAUAAUAAAACGAUCUGUUGCCUGG